AUGGCUCAAUCAAUAUGGCUGUUCGCCAUUCUUUCCCACCUCACAUCUCUGGCAGCUUGCAUCUCAGUCACGUCGACUAGAUACUGGAACAUCACCAACGACCCGCAAGGCUCCGCACGCCUGAACGGCCUUGCUUUCCAGCAGCACGCGCUGGCCACGUUCAAUGACCAUCAAUAUGUUGCGGUCUACAGCACCAGUCCUAAAGGCUAUGGGAACCACUAUGUGAAUCUGGGACGGAGGCGAGUGAGUCCCACGGUGGGCGAGUGGCAGUAUUUCGCGUUCACGGAUUACGAGCAAAAGACUUUGGAUGAGCAUAAUACCAUUAGUAUGGGAAUAAGCGGCGACGGGAAGAUCCACUUGAGUUUUGAUCACCAUGACGUACCCCUAAACUACCGCGCCUCAACAACCGGAAUAGCCACGACGCUCCCCUCUUCCUGGACUCAAUCCACCUUCGGAGGCACCAUCAUGCACUCUCUCCCCGGAUCCACCGGCCCCUGGACCCCACUCACAUACCCCAGAUUCGAGCGCCUACCAAACGGCGACAUGCUCAUGGAAUUCCGCAUCGGCAAAUCCGGCGCCGGAGACAGCUACAUGCACCGCUACUCCUCCUCCACGGGGCAAUGGAGCCCCGUGGGGAAGUACCUCCAAGGACAAGACAACAACGCCUACAUCAACGGCCUAACCGCCACACCCGGACCCGAGGGUCACACCGUCUUCGUCAGCUGGACGGUCCGCGAAACCCCGGACGCAAGCACCAACCACGACUUCUACUUUGCCUACACCGAUGACGACGGCCGCACGUGGAGAGCCUCGUCGGGCCAGCCGGUCGCGAAGCCCAUCGUCCCCACCACCCCGGGUGUCAAAGUCUACUCCAUCCCGCAGAACAGCGAGAUCAUGAACCAGGAGGCGCAAUGUGCGGACGACGAGGGGAGGUUCCACGCCCUCAUGCGGGACAGGAGUGCAGGCGGGCCGGCCAGGUUUUACCACUACUUGCGCACGCCCGGCUCGUCGGGCGCUUUUUCCAAACGCGCCAUUAACGUGGGCAUUUCCACUCCGCCGUAUCUCUCCUACAGAGGGAAGAUUGCAGCAUGGGGCGACAACGUUCUCGCCAUCCUUCCCGAUGCGCCCAAGAGCACAGUGACUGUUUGGGCGGCUACGGCGGGGCAGGAUUAUAGGGAUUGGGAGUUGCUGGGCACGAUUGCGAAUAUGGCGGGGGAGCCCGGGGUGGAUUAUGAGAGGUUGGAGAGGCGGGGGGUGUUGAGUUUGUUUGUGAGGCAGGGGGGGGCGUUUGGGGAGAGGAAGGUGCAGGUUUGGGAUUUUGUGUUGGCGGCGUAG